AAACAAAAGUAUUUUGACAGCUCUGUUGCUCUAUGACUAACGGUGCGCAUUCGAGCGACCCGCAAUUAGGGCAGGCCCCCCGCCGCCGUCGUCGGGUCCUGCUGAUCUCUCUGGGUGCACUAUGCCUUAUCGUGGUCGGUGCCCUAGCUAUUGGCUUCGGAAUCAAGGGCAAGGACAAGAGCAACGAAGCGCCCACUGCAGCAGAGACGGGGCCUAUUUCUUCCUUGGCUGACAUUACAGAUGCUCUUACCCCCACUGCGCCCGAUUCAGCACCAAUUACCGCGCCGGCCACCGUCGUGGAGCCUGUGAAAGCACCUGCUUCCACUGCUUCCGAAUCCAAGCCUAGUGAUCUUACCAUUGCCACCAAAGAAGACGAGUCCGACAAAUUAAUAUCUUUUGGGGACGGAGAGAGGAACUUCAUCGGUCCAUUGUUCGGUGCCCUUCCUGGCGCUGCGGCUGUCAAUGGUGCUUUCAAUACUCUGGCUGCCAGCGCUGCCAGUCUGGCUGGCCUGCAAGUCUGCUAUCCCGAGACAGGCCCCGAGCUCAAGGCGAUGGUGGAAAGCGGGAGCUCAUGCAGCGUGGUCAUUUUGAAGAAAGGAUCCUCCUACAUUUACCUUCUGCCGUCUACCGUGAUGGUAACCUCUUCUGUAAUUAUCUUGGGCCAUCCCAUCGAUCCUCCGCAGAUCCAUCCUGAGAAAGGAGUGUACCGCCUUUUCGACGUUGCGGCUGGGAGUCACAUCGACAUCCGCUUUGUUAGCCUCUUCCGCCCGGCCCUCCGAAACGUGGGAGGCAAUCGCUCACUCAUUGUCGCCGGUUGUGUGCUUGUGCGGACAGGAGGGUAUUUCAGGGGCUCAGGUGUUAUUUUUCGACAACAAGCGCAGACAUUUGAAGGUUUUGUCAAAGGUCUCAUGGACCCUCUGGCACCCAAACGUAUCGUAGGCGGUUUUGUCUUGGUGGCAGGCGGGGCUUUCUUCUGCUAUGGCUGUCAAAUCAUUCGCUGGGCGCCUUAUGGCGCACCUAAUAUUAACCUCGUCGAAGUAGGACGUGACUAUUUGGUGCUGGCCGGUACAAGUGUAUGCAUCGGUUGCUAUCACGUUGCCUGUGCGCCAUUCCAAUCCUCAGUUAAUGUGGGAAAUGCUGUGGGGGUGUUAGGUGGCGUGGGAAUUCGCGUUGGGGGUGGAACAAUCGGUGCUGCCGUAUUGAAGGGUCAAUUUGGUGCGGGAGAGAAUCUUUUUGUCGGCGGGGGAGUCCUCGUCAAUGUGGGUCACCAGCAGCAGACUGCUUUCGUCUGCCUCAAUCGUGCUAACUUUGGUAUGACAGCUGUCGGAUCAGGAGUAAUGGUGCUUAUUGCAGAGCUCGAAAAUCGUGCUUGGGGCGUUGCUGCCAUCACUGGUGCUGGUCAGGUGUAUUCUAAUGGAGCUGGCGUGCUUGACAAGACCGGAGGAGAAGUUGUAAAUUGUGCAAUCUCCUUUUUCCAGGCCCUCGCGGGUGGAAGUGUUUAUCUCGGCACUGGAGACAUGAACAUGGUGGGCGAGCAGUUUGCUCGUGUCGCGGUGACCCUGGAUCAGAAUGGUGUCGGGAUGACCUUCUUCAACGGUGCGGGACAGACAAGUUUGAUUUAUGUUCCAAGUUUCGUGGCGGCAGUUGCCCGUUCGCAGAAGAUUCUCGGCGCUGAGGGAUUCCUGGGCGCUGGUUUCUUCACGAACGUCAACAAUACACGCUGGACCAUUCAAGUGGUGAAUGCCGGUAUUCCCGGAUACGAGGGGUGGAUUGGUCUCGGAGCUGCCCUCUUUGUCCGAUCCCGCACGACGGUCAGGCGUGUGGUCAACUUCCGCUUCAAUCCUUACGCAUGGGUAGUCAACGGCCAAGGCGUGCCUGGGUCUGCGUACCGCGAGAACAACAUUUUCGUCAACAAGGACGGCAUUCGCAUCAACAAGCCCAACCCGUCGAAGAGUCGUCUGCUUGCUGCCGUGGACGAGAUGGUGGAUGGUCAUCUCAAGUCCAAGAGGAAUACCCAGGGUCUCCUUGCGGGCAUCAAGAACUUUGUGGACCGUCCGGCCGUCGUGAUGGCGAACAGCGAGAUGGACUCGGCGCGCAUGCGUCCUCCCGAUCCCCAGAUCUUGGCCGGAAAGAUCCUGUCCAUGGUAACGUCUCUGAAGCACAAGCGCCGUCUUCAGGGUCAAGCCGUCGUCAAUCCUACGCGCAUGAUGAACAUGUUGGCUGGUCUAUCCCCAGCAAAGCUUAUGGAGGCCUGGAAGGAGGCUACAGAAGAGACCAACAGGAACCCCCUGCUCAGCUUGGUGCAAGGCAACAGCCGCGCGUUGGCCGAGACCGCCGAUCCUACGGCGGUGGACGAGAACGGUCGAUGGGCCGAGCAGGUGUACGUGGGCGGGAAGGAGACCCAAUGUGUCAUGUGCGGUGUGGGCCCGGGGCCUUCGUCUUCUCACUGGUCGACAGGAGGGAACGACACUGCGACUUGCCACGUGACGGAGGAGUGCACUUCCCGUAGCUCAUUCCGGGACAUUCUGGCAGCGGCGAAGAAUGCGUUGCCGCAAAACGAGGAGCUGGUCUUGCCCCCUGUGGCGAAGGGCGUCGCAAAGGCGCUUGGAUCGACGGAUCUCGCGCCCAAGUACACUCGUCGCAUCUUGCAGAUGAUGGAGGAGCACCAGGAGGCGAACCCUGGAGCGGAACCCAAGCUGCCCGACCACAACAUCCUGGCGUACGAGUUGUCUCUAUACUGCAAUGCUGACGACGCAGACUGCAGCUUCAACCAGGCGGACAUGAAGGCGGCAGUGAAGCUGUUCCUGGGCGAGCAAGCGGACGAGGAGUCAGCAUUCAAUGUCGCAGCUUCCACGACAGAUGUGCAUCCUGCUCUCAUCGACUACGUGAAAGAGGCAAGCAGCGAGUUUUUGGAUUCUGUGAAGGCCCCGUCCCACGGCAGCGGAUGUGGCAAGGGACUGAAGUUCAACGUGCAGAUGACGGCGCCGGACGCGGCCUCUGUGAAAGACUUGCAGAAGAUCUUCGAGGGCGUGGCCAGCAAUGGCGAGUCCUUGCUUGAUACGAUCAACAAGUACGACGAGCGUGACGUGCCGUUCUGCGACGUGAAGGUUAGCAAGCCAUCGACGCUCUUCUUCCCGUCAAUCGAUACGGCUCAAGGAAUCAAGUUCUACCAGGGGCUGUUUACGGGCAACGUCCUGGACAAGGGGUCUCUGUGGCCCGACGUGACGCUUGUCUCACCGCAUGAGGUGGCACCCGUCCAGCACGCAGUGGUCGGCCAGCCGUACACGGUGCUUUUAGAGAACUUUGCGAUGAAGGGAGACGUGGUCGUGGAGCUCUUCCAGGGCACUGAGAAGAAGGGC